GACAGAAAUAGCCACAAAGAACCACAAUAACACCACGCACGACCCUCACCACUGAAAUCACACCAUUUCCAUUUCCAAUCUCCACAACUCAGAAACACACAAAAAAAAAUGGCUUCUGUGAUUAUGUCGUUCGCUCCUCCAACCACAAGAGUCUUCGCCGCGACGGCAGCAAAGGGCGCCGGAGGAAGCAAGGAGGAGAAAGGCUUUCUGGAUUGGAUUCUUGGAGGGUUGCAGAAGGAAGAUCAGUUCUACGAGACCGAUCCUAUCCUGCAGAAAGUGGAGGACAAGGCCGGCGACGGAAGAGGCACGGCCAGCGGAAGAGGAACCACCGGUGGCCGGAAGAACUCCGUGGCGGUGCCACAGAAGAAGAAGAAUGGUGGAUUCGGAGGGCUUUUUGCCAAGAAUUGAAACAUACUCUCGCAAGUACCUCAUUCACAUAAUACAUAAAAGCAUGCAUUGUUGAUUGCUGUUCCGUGUUAGUAUUUUGCUUCGAUCUUUUGAUUAUAAAGGAACCCUAAUUUGUAGCUACUGUUCUCUGCAAUUGUGAUUCGUAUUACACACUGCUAAAUGCUCUGCUCAUCAAUCACAAUGUAAAUUAUGAGUCGCGUUUUCGGAAUGGUGUUCGGAUUCAUCACUCCUUGACUCUAUUCUGCAUAUACUGAUAUACUCUUCUUCUGC